AGGACGUACGCCUCGACCCUCUACGAUCGACCUUACACCACUUCCACCAGCGUCCCAACACUUUUAUAAAGGCUCAGUAAUUCAAAAUUGUUUCCUUGGUCAACCUCAGGUUAUGAAUGAUACCAUGGAUGCCCUCGACGAGAAGGCCAAUGGUGGCCCACCCAUGGAAAUAGAGGAAAUUGUUUCAGUGCGGAAUCAUGAAGCAUUUGCAGCGAAGCAUAUGCCGGAUCUCGGUCAUGAUAUCAAAGAUUUCCGUGUGUUUGCAUGGCAGCUGGAGAACUGGAAAAAGUUGGAAAAGAAGAUGCACAGCGAAGAAUUUGAGUGUGGUGGUCAUAAAUGGCGUAUAUUACUUUUCCCCUUCGGCAAUUCAAAUGCACCUCCCAAUGAUACUGUUUCCGUUUAUUUGGAUUAUGCUGAACCAAAGAAAGCUCCGGAGGGGUGGCACGCUUGCGCGCAGUUUGCUCUGGUUAUAUCCAACAUUCACGAUCCUACCAUUUACACUGUCAGCCAUGCUCACCAUCGAUUCAUCGCGGAGGAGUGUGACUGGGGUUUCACGCGUUUCAGCGAACUGCGCAAACUUUUCAGUAUACAGGAGGGACACAGUAGACCCACAAUUGAAGGAGAAGCUGCCGAAAUUUCGGUCUUUGUGCGUGUUUUAGAAGAUCCCACCGGUGUUUUAUGGCACAAUUUUGUAAACUAUGAUUCAAAAAAAGAGACAGGUUAUGUGGGUCUGAAGAAUCAAGGCGCAACGUGUUACAUGAAUUCUAUGUUACAAUCACUGUACUGCACGCGGUAUUUUCGCAAGGCGGUAUAUCAAAUUCCUACUGAAGAAGAUCAUCCCACCGAAAGCGUUGCUCUGGCGCUUCAGCGCCUUUUCUAUCAUUUGCAAACAUCGGACCAACCCGUUGGAACCACCGAGUUGACAAAGUCUUUCGGUUGGAAAUCUCUCGAUGCUUUUUUCCAGCACGAUGUUCAAGAGUUUAAUCGUGUUCUUCAAGAUAAACUUGAAUCCAAGAUGAAGGGAACGAAGGCGGAAGGUGCCAUUACCAAGCUUUUCGUAGGCAAGAUGAAGAGCUACAUCAAGUGUGUGAAUGUGGAAUAUGAAUCAUCCCGCAUCGAGGAAUUCAAUGAUAUUCAACUGAACGUCAAGGGUCUCAAGAAUCUGUACGAAUCUUUCAAAGAUUACGUUGCCGUUGAAACCCUCGAUGGUGAAAACAAGUACCAGGCGGAAGGUUUUGGUUUGCAAGACGCAAAGAAGGGCAUCAUUUUCGAAUCCUUCCCUCCUGUCCUCCAUCUUCAACUCAAACGGUUUGAGUAUGAUAUUCAGCGCGAUGCAAUGGUUAAAAUCAAUGAUCGCCAUGAAUUCCCUUUCGAAAUCGAUUUGGGAGAGUUUUUGGAUUCCAAUGCUGAUCGUUCGAAGCCAUGGGUGUACAGGCUGGCAGGUGUGCUUGUUCAUUCCGGUGAUCUACAUGGCGGGCACUACUUUGCCCUGAUCAAACCUGACCGCCACACACGAUGGUUGAAGUUCGACGACGAUAGAGUCACGCCAGUAACAGAUAAGGAGGUUUUGGAAGAGAAUUAUGGUGGCGAGCCGCUAAACGGAUUCCCUCAAGCUCUUCAACGCAAUCAGGUCCGUGCGAUGAAACGUUUCACUAACGCAUACAUGCUGGUGUAUAUUCGAGAUUCGGCAAUGGAUGAUGUCUUGGCUCCGUUCACAGAGGAAGACACCCCACCGCAUCUUAAGCGUAGAUUGGACGAGGAGAGGUUACAAAUUGAAGCCAAGAAGAAAGAACGAGAAGAGCAGCAUCUAUUCCUUACCGCCAAGGUUAUCACAGACGAAACCUUUUCCCAACACGAAGGAUUCGACCUCGCUUCCUUUGACGAAAAGAAUUGGCCCCCAUCAGAUUUGCCUAGCUUCCGUGUGCUAAAGACAGAAACAUACAGUGUUUUCAAGAGCCGCGUUGCCCAACAUUUGAAAUUGCCGGAAAACCAAGUUCGAUUAUGGGUGCUUGUCAAUCGGCAAAACAAGACUGUACGGCCUGAUACGCAUAUUCCUGAGAACGAACCAGCGUUGACUGUCGAGGUCAUCCGAAAUAACAUGGCAGCCAGACAGAACGACCUUCGCCUGUAUUUGGACGUUAUCCAAGACCCUUCAAAGCCCGACCCUCCUCCACAGUCAAUCAUGGUUUUCUUGAAGCAUUUUGAUACGUCCAAACAGACCUUAUAUGGCUUUGGGAAGGUAUACAUGCUCCGAACCAGUAAGGUCGGGGAUCUCGUGCCCAUAAUAAAUGAGCGCAUGCGAUGUGCACCUGGGACAGCACUGAAGCUUUAUGAGGAAAUCAAACCGGGGAUGAUUGAGCUCAUGAAGCCCAAACUAUCGUUCGCCCAAAGUGAAAUACAGGAUGGUGAUGUGAUAUGCUUCCAAGUGGACUUACCGGAAAGGGAAAUCCAUGAUUUUGAGAGCCAGGGACUACAUUCCAAUCCAAUGCAAUUCUAUGACUUCCUACAGAAUCGUGUGAUGAUAAUCUUCCGACCGAAGUUGGAAGAAAUAGACCACGAUCACCCUGAGUUCAACCUUGUGCUCAGUAAGAAGCAGAACUAUGACACGAUGUCGACGAAAGUGGGAGAAUACCUACGGCAUGAUCCCAUUAAACUUCGCUUCACGACAACGCACGCUCAGAAUGGUACCGCGAAGUCAAUACUCAAACGUUCUCUUAACCAGAGUAUCGCUGAGAUAAUGGCACCUCACUACACCACAAGUGCUGUGAUCCUGUAUGAGAAGUUGGAUGUCAGUAUUGUCGAGUUAGAGACCAAGCGUCAGCUAAAGGUCACCUGGACGGGUAUUCACAACAAAGAAGAAGGAACCUAUUCAUUCCUUCUUCCAAAGACUAGCCCCGUGCAUGAGCUCGCGGACAAUCUCGCAAAGAAGGUGGCAGUCAUGCCUGGUGGUACGGGCAAGAUUCGUAUCUUCGAGAUCUCUCGGGAUGGUAAAACUCAGAAGGAGUUCACGGGUACCGAAAUGAUUGGCAACAUACCCGACCCCGUAGAGCUUUACGCUGAGGAAAUACCACGGGAAGAGGCUGAGGCCGACGACUCUGAUAAGGUCAUCGGUGUUUUCCACUUCUCAAAAGAGCUUUCGCGGACACACGGUGUACCCUUCAAGUUUGUGGUGAAGAAGGGUGAGAAAUUUCUUGAUACCAAGAAACGACUACAAGCACGAAUCGGUGUGUCUGACAAGGACUUGGCGAAAUACCGAUUUGCCCUUAUACAAGUUUCGACAUUCAAACAACCUACUUAUAUUGAGGAUGACGAUACAAUUUACGAACAUCAGUUUGCCCCAGAGGACGUCCUUGGAUUAGACCAUGUCGACAAAUCCGGAAAGGCAAGAACAGGUGCAGGAGAAAAGGCAAUCAUCAUUCGGGGUUGAGAGUCCUGGGGGGCGUUCUGAAUUCAUUGCACAUCUCAUAUUUUCCUCGGUGUACUCUUUGCCUCUCGCUCAAUUACAGUAAAUUCCAG